UAGAAAUAUUUCAUACAUUAUUCAGAAUACAAAACAUGGGUUUGAUAGUUAUAUUUGUGUGGGUUCCAGCACAUAUUGGAGUAGAAGGAAACGAGAGGGCAGAUAAAAUGGCAAAGAGGGCAAUUAAAAAUCCUAUUAGCUUUAGAGUUAAAACAAGUAAAUCUGAAGGAAAGAGUAUUGUUAAAGAGAAACUGAUGAAAGUUUGGCAAAAAAAAAAAAGGUGGGAUGAAGAUAAAACGGGAAGAUGGUUUUAUAAAAUUCAGAAGAUUGUAGGAGAAAGGAGGAAAGAGUGAUAACAAGGUUAAGAUUUGGAUAUACAGGACUUAAUUAUACACUUUUUAAAAUUCAAAAACAUAAAACUGGAAAAUGUGAUUACUGUGAUAAGUAUGAAACCAUAGAGCAUGUUAUAUUAGAAUGCCAUAAAUAUGAAAAAGGGAGAAGAUAUAUGAAGAGAGAGUUUGAAAGAAUUAACGAGAAGGUUAAUUUAUUAGAUAUAUUGAGGAAGAAUUUAGGGAGUAUCCAUCCAUCCAUCCAUCCAUCCAUUUUCUUCCGCAUAUCCGGGGUCGGGUCGCGGGGGCAGCAGCGUUUGUGAGUGAAGGCAUGAUAUACAAAGUUGUGCACAAGUAUGUGUUUUUACGUGUGAGUGUAUGUUUAGAUAAAAUUUAUGGUAGAAUAUAUAUAGAUGUGGAUAAAUAUUUAAACCAUCACGAACCACACUCCAUACCAGUAAGUGGCGGUAAUGCUACUAACAGUCUGUUGCCAACCGCCAUAAAACCGACAGAAGAAGAAGAAAGCGCCAUAAACUCAGUGUGCUUUCUGACGGUAGCGGUUAAUUGGGCAAAUAAUUUGGCCGCCAUCCAGCAGAGGGCGCCGCUGGUCAUUCUGAAGCGGAGUCAGAAACAACAUGGCGGCAGUGCGAAAACGGUGAUGGUUGUGGUUGAUGGGAAACCAGUCAGGCUGCAGCUGUGUGACACCGCUGGACAGAAAUGGGGCCCAGUUGAUGGAACAGUUAAUGAUGAGCUGGAGAGCCUCCGGCCGCUCUGCUACAGAAACGCCGACGUCUUCCUCCUCUGCUACAGCGUGGUGCGCCCCUGCUCCUUCCGAAACCUCACCAACAAAUGGGCCCCUGAGAUCCAGCAGCUCUGCCCCGGCGUCCCCCUGAUUCUGGUCGGCACCCAGCUGGACCUGAGAGAAGACGUGCAGGUUCUGAUCCACCUGGCGCAGAACCAGCAGCGGCCAGUGAGCACCGAGGAAGGCCGCAGGCUGGCGCUGGAGCUCGGGGCGGUGGGCUUCACAGAGUGCUCAGCGCUGACCCAGAAGAACCUGAAGGACACGUUUGAUGGCGCUAUCCUAGCUAGCUUCCAGCAGAUGGACAGUAACGUGGUCCAGCAGCAGAGGAUGACUCUGAGGAAGAAAACCCCCGAUAAGAUUAAGAGCCUGUCGGAGGCGUGGUGGAAGAAACUCAACUGUCUGAUCGGAGAGGGGAGCUGCGAAUUAAAAUGAGGAGCUGCAGUUAGACGUUGUUAGCUUUUAAUUUAGCCAGCAGGGCAGGGAAGGCAUCUCACUCUGCAAAAACACAAAUCUUAAAAAGUAUUUUUGAUCUAGUUUCUAUUGCAAAUAUCUCAGUACACUUGAAAUGAUACAAAACCAAGUUACAAGUAACUUCUUCUAUGAGCUUUGUUUUAAGUCAAUAAUUCCUUAAAGGGGCAGCAUUAUCUAAAGUCAACAUUUUUUAGCGUUACAUCAUGUUAU